CUCAAGUUUGUUUCGAGUCGUGAGAGGAAAAAUCAGUUUUGACGUUUCCUCCUCUUCAUGAUAAGCUGUCACAAUUCGAAAAUACUCAUGGCCCCGAAAAUGGUAUCGCGAUUUUAGUGUAGUGCAAUAACUAAACUCUUCAUAAAAAUUCAAUCAAACUUGCGAGAUUUUUGUAUAAACAUUUUUAAAAAGAAUCCUUGUGAAAGAGCUGCUGCAUAUUACGCGCCGACAAAGGAACAAAGAACAGCAGAAAUAUUUUGGGAUAAAGAAGGGUUAUGUCCGCAACUGCAGCUACUUUGACUAAAUUCGGUGCUUCUCCCGACACUGAGAGCACACUCUGCAGGAUGUCGCGAGCCGAUCUGAAAAAUUGGCCGAUUUUUAGUCUACUCGAGCCUAGGUUCAUAGCCAAAAUUCAUAUGGCUGUGGUUUACGGUAAUUUAGGAAAUGAGGCCUUAAUUGUUUUAAAAGAUGGAGACGUUUACGCAUUAGGAAGCAAUACCGGUGGUUGUCUUGGAAUUGGAGAUUCACAUAGUACAUUGCAUCCUAAAAAAGUGGAAGCUCUUUGUGGUAAAGGAAUAACCACAUUUGCUUAUGGAAGUGGGCCACAUGUUCUUGCCUUAACAGAUAAAGGAGAGGUAUACUCUUGGGGUCACAAUGGUUAUUGUGAAUUGGGUAAUGGUUCUACAAAUCAGGGAUUGUCACCAGCCCUUGUGUUAAAUCUCAAUGAUAAAAUUAUCACUGCAAUAGCUUGUGGUAGUCAUCACUCAGUUGCUCUCACAGAAGAAGGAGAGGUUUAUUCUUGGGGUCAAAAUAAUUGUGGUCAAGUAUGCAGUGGAGUGAGUUCAAAUCAAGGGGCCCCUCGUAAAGUGAAUUCAACCUUGACUGGAAAAGUAAUCGCGUCCAUUUCAUGUGGUCAAACAUCAACUAUGGCUGUGACUGAUAUAGGAGAAGUUUAUGGUUGGGGAUACAAUGGAGUUGGACAAUUAGGCAUAGGAAAUUAUGCCAAUCAAAUGACUCCCUGCAAAGUUACAGGCUUGACUGGAACAGUAAUAGAAAAGGUAGCUUGUGGUUAUGCUCAUACACUUGCACUAAGUGAUGAAGGGAUACUGUAUGUCUGGGGAGGUAAUGGUUUUGGACAACUUGGCUUAGGUAACAAAGCGAAUGUUUGCACUCCUACAAAAUUAAAUGUACCAGAGAUGGGUAGAGUAUCAAAUAUUGCGACACUACACUACAACCAUAUAAGUGUAGCAAUGGGUCAAGGUGGUAAAAUAUUUAUGUGGGGUCAAUGCCGAGGUCAAAGUGUCAUUACUCCAAUGGCAACUCCUUUGCCGCACAUACAUGACGCUCUUGCUUGCUAUGCUACUCCAAGUGUCAUGCAUGAACCGUUAAUUCUUCAUGCAGAAGAAGAAGUUGGUAUUAUUGAGAGUUUGAAGAAUUCAUUUGAUGAUCCCACUACAAGUGACUUGACAAUUCAAGUGGAAGGAAAACCAAUUUAUGUACAUAAAUCUAUUUUAAAAAUCCGAUGCCAGUAUUUCAGAUCGAUGUUUCAAGAUCAUUGGGCAGAAAAUAAUAGAGAUGUGAUAGAGCACAGUCAAUUUUCCUACGAAGUUUACAAGUCAUUUCUGAAAUAUUUAUAUACCGACGAAGUAGAUUUGCCACCAGAAAAUGCUUUAGAACUCUUAUACUUAGCAAAUGCUUAUUUUGAACUACAACUGAAGCGACGUUGUGUACAAAUGAUCAAACAGGGCCUUACUGUUACAAACGUAGCAUUUCUUUACAGUACUGCUAUUGAAUACAACACUAAAGAACUAGAAGAUUUUUGCUUUAAAUUUGCUUUAAAUCACAUGACAUCGGUAAUCCAAACACCAAAUUUUGCUAAAUUAGAUGAAUCGACUGUGAAAACUUUUAUAAUAAAAGCGGCGCAAAUGGGAGCUUUCAAGACUUAGGGAGACACAUCAAACCAGACAGAUUUCGCAAAUAUAAUUUUCAAAUCUUGGACUAGGUUAAGCUUCAAACGAGUGUACAUAAAGUUUGCAUUUGAUAUAGUUAGAGAGACUAUUCUCGUAAUAUAAUUAAUUGUGGAAAAUAAAUUUUUUACAAAGUAAAUGUCAGUUGAAACUGAUAAAUAGUUUACAUAUGUGAAUAUUUGUUACUUUGAAUGUUAAUGUGACUGGUAACUAUGCUGUUUAUAAGAUUUUGUGAUAUGUAAGCAGUGAUAAUGUAACUCUUCAUUUCCAAAAAUUUUUGAACUACACGUAUGCGUAGAUUAAAAGAUUAGCUUUGUUUCAAAGAUAUUAAGUACUAUAUUUAUAUUUGUUACGAUAAAUUACUCACCUUUUCUUACAAAUUCCUAUUGGAAAAAUAUUCAAUCAUUUUAAACCAAAAUGAUAACCAUAAAAAGAAAUUAAGUAAUUUAUUUGUUAUGUUUAAAUGAAGAAGUUUUGUAAUUAAACUAAUAUAAAUUUUUCACAAGUAUGAAAUAGCGGGAUAUGGCAUUUAACUUUAUAUUUUAAGUUAAUAAUUUUAAACUUUAGUAAUACUUUGUUUUCUUAAAUUGUUUUAAUAUACAAUAAGUAUUAUAUCUCGUGAGUAAUACAGUUGAUGGUACAUCAAUACCCUACAGCAGAUUAUAGGUAUUUCUAUAAACAUUCGUGUAAUACACGUUUCACUGAUCCAUCAAAUUUUCAAAUGUAAUCUCGACUGUGACGAGCUUAUUUUAGUUACUAUUUAUAGUUAUAAUCUCAACGUUUAUUCCAUUAAAGCUCUUAUAUAAGGGUGCGUGUUUUUAUACUUAAUUUGUUGUUUGUUUUCUUUUUCUACUUGCCAAAUAAAAAAUUUAAAACUAUGUAAAACCAUGCCUUUGAUUUACACUUCACUGUAACAAUACCAGUAAAUUCCAAUUAGAGAAUUUAGUUCAAAUACGUAAGAUCAUUAAUAUAACUGGAUAAAUAAAAGAUCAAAACAAUUUUAUUUGGUACAUCAGUUUUAUUACGAUAUAUUAUAUACAAGCAGUAAAUUUCGUUUUUGUCUUUUGUCAUCGUACGACGUAUACGUCAUCUACCGUAUAUUGUUCUUUUUUCUCAUUUUUGUAUAAUUAGCGAUAAUUAAAUACUCAGCUUACAUCAUUGAUAAUUCUCUCGGGCUUUUUGCACACAUUUUUUUUAUUAUAAUAUUAAUACCUCCACGAAAAAACAAAAAAAACCAUUUUUCUCACGUGCCAUUAAAUACGUUUAUCUUUUUUUAUUCGUUUCAUCAGUUUUUUAUAUCUUAUUUUCAGUUUUUUCUUUAGUAGUAACAAAAAGCUUCGUUAAAAAAAUAAAAAAACAGCUAAAGUUACUUGUAGAGUUGUCACUCUGCAUAAUACAGGGGCGCCGCGAGUACGUGUAUAGUGUAUAUAGGUGUAUAGGUAUGUUUGUGUAGAUAAGUGAGACUGCAAUGCGCUUUUUUCGUUUUUUAUUCGCUCUCGAGACAGAAGGAAAAGCACGCCGCAUGGUCAUCGUUAUUCAUUUAUUUUAGAGUAAAAAAUCAAUGUGAGGAAUCGAUAUCUUUAUUUAUUCUUUCUAAAAAAAACGAGGCGUGCUUUUCGAUCCAAAAGCUCGCCAGGACCGCAAGAAGUGAUGUUAAUCUUUCUUCUUUUUCAUUUUCUUUUUCUUUUUUAAUAAUUUUCCUUCUCGUCCGCCAUCACCGACUAAUCAGCUAUGAUAAUUAAUUAAAUUUAAUUGAUUAGAGCGUAUUUAGGCCUGCGGGCUACUUUUUUUUAUUUUCGGGAAUCUGCGAGUCCCGGCGAUCAAGUGUACAUGUGAAAACUCUCACUCUUAUACAUUUACAAGACAGAAUAAAGGUAGAAACGAGAAGAGAACAAAAAAUGAAAACAAAAAAUUACUGUGUCGAUACUCAUCACCUCCAUCUUCAUUUUAAUCGUUUUAAUUUUAACGAUCCUUGCGAUAUUAUAUAUAUUUUUUUGUUCGCUAAUCAACAUAUAUAUCGGAACAUCUUUUGAUAUCAAUCUAUAUGUAUAUGUACAUAUAAAACCUCGUGUUUACAAUAUACUCUUUUUUUUAAUAAGAGAGAGAGAUUAUGCAAAACAAAUCAUAUGUAUAGAACACUUUUGCUCACAAAAAAUCGAUGAUAGGCGUAUGCCUGUGUGCGUAUACAAAGUUUGAACUUUAUACAGACACAGGACGAUUACGUUUGCCUUACAAUGUGCUGAUAUUAGAACAGUGAUACGCGCGCUUGAUUUACUUUUUUUAUAAUGCUAUGCUCAGCCUAUCGAAACAUUUACAAUCGUUAUGCAAUCAAAGAACCAACGAAACAUCACAUUAUUUAUGUUCGUCUAAAAUAACAGGUAAAUCAUAGUAAAUUUUAUGAAAAAACAAAACGGAAAACAGAACAACGUAUUCAUAUGCUAGGAUCAUUCGCUUGUUUUGCCCACGAGUAUAUAAUUCACUACAAUAACAGACCAUCAUUUUAUAACACAAUUUAUUCAAUAUAGCAUAUAUAAAAUCACCUAAGUACAACAUUAAACUCUUUCAACUCAACCUUUGACUUGUUCUUUUUUUGUAUUAUUUUGUUAAUAUCUUUUUUCUUUAUUAUCUACGUACGAUGCAAAAACAACGAAUAGAAUAUAUAUCGCAGAGGAUCGUUGCGACGAAUAAUAGCAUCAUUAUAUAUAUAUUUGCCUGUAUAACAUUUUUUUUAUUUCACUUCGUAGUCUGACGAUUGUGUGUGUGUGUUUUGUUUUGCGCGUGUAAUGCAUUUUUGCCUUCUUAUUUUAUUUUAUUUUUUUUAUUAAAUCUAUGGAGACUUGAUUUUUGUUUGUUGCACACGUAUUUGACCAAAUGCUCUCGAAGUUGUAUUUAUGUGUGUUGUUUUAAAGCAUCAGUAUACAACCUUGUUUCUUUAUUAUUUAUCGAUUUAGAGUCUCUUUUUUUGGACUUUAUCGAAUUAAUUGGGAUUGUUCAUAUUUUUUCCAUCUCUAUUUGCCCAUUUACCGUCAUGUACGCUCGAUCGAACAGCGUUGUUUAUUUAUUUUUCCCGUCGUUCGCUCGUUUCUUUUCGACGACUUUUCGCAGGAUGCCUCGAUCGACGAGCGAAAAAGAAAAUGAACAGAGGUUUGCAGGAGGUGUAUAUAUAUUUAUAUAUAUUAGAAGACAGGUAAUAUCUACCCGCGUGGCCGCACGAGGAUAAAACGCGCCAUGCCGAAAAAUCGAUAAGAGCUCUCUCUCUCUCUCUCUCUCUCUCUCUCUCUCUCUCUCUCUCUCUCUCUCUCUCUCUCUUCGUCUGCGCGUUAUUCUUUUAUACAAGGUGAGGCAUUUUUUUCGGAUCAUGCGAGUUUUAUUUAGUUGGUAAUUGAUUCCCACAAUACAUACGUCUUCGUAACAAACAAACAGUUAUUUGUAUUAGCAAAGAAAGGUGUGUGAAGAAAAAUUUGUCUCGAUUCCAAACAUAGAAAAUGCAUAAGCGUAAGUGUAUAGAAACUUCGAGAAAUCACGAAAAAAUCCAUAUCCGAGCUCUAGUUGUAUAAGCGCAUUGAAAGAAAGCGGAAAUUGUAGGCUCAAACAUUUGCUAAGGAAAAUGUUAAGAGCUCUUUAGCUCAAUUCUUCCCUCUCUCCCGACGUAGAAAAUCAAAUAGAAAGGCGGAGCGCGGAUGAAAAUAUUUUUCCGACCAAACUUGAAAGGGUCGAUUUCAUUUUCCACGAGUAGAUCGGUCACUAUCUUUUCUUCCUCCUUUUUCUUUUUAAAAAGAAUAAAAAGAAAAAUCGACGUCUUACAUGCUGGCGAAAGCAUCUUUUACGGCUCAACAUCGCGUUUUAAUGAGCAACGCUCGGUUUCGGAAAUGAUGCCUGUGAGACGAACGAUCAUCAGACGAGAGAAAAGAAAUCAUUUACGAACGAAUACUUUCAAUUACAGUCUCUGUAUAGAAGAGAAGAAACCUAACGAUGUCGUUAGCUAUAUAUAUUUAUCAUACAAUUUGGUCGUUAUUACUUGGGCGAUAUAACGAGUUGAUGGGGGAGAAAGGAAAAUCUUUGGAGCUAAGCCAAGGGAGUACAAACAAUGAUGAGAGAGAGAGAGAGAGAGAAAGAGCGACCUGCCAAGUUUUCUGCCAAAAGUCGUCGAGUUCGUUAGCGCUGAAAGCCUCGCACUUCUUUAUUUUCUUCGUCGUAGUCUUUUUUUAUCCUUUUUCUUUUCUUUUACUUUUUUGUUGCUGGCGGAGAGGACCCUUUUUAUAUGCCUAAUAUAUAUGUAUAAUAAUAUAUAUAAUGUAUAUAAUAUAUAAUAUAGAUUUAUAUAUAUACAGGGUGGCCCAUUUUAAGUGAUCCACUCAGAUAUCUAGAUUGGAGUGAAUUUUA